UACUAUAAGUAAAAUGCUGGACGAACAUGAAACCUCCAGAGUCCAGAAUGAGGUGAAGACAAGCCAGCGAGCGCUCAAGCAAGCGUGAUCCUGGGGUUAGGGUUGCUCUAGCAGACUGCGUCCUCAUCGUCGUCAACGUCGAGCACGCACCUUCAUUCCCAAAGCCCUCCAAACACUAACCGUACGUCUGUUCUGCACCCGAUGAUCCAGGAGAGAGCACUUGAGCGCAUUCUCGCCGGUCGGCGAAGGAUGGAUUGACUGCUCUGACUCUGGAUGUGCGACGCGCCAGCGCUGACGAUCAUACGUGUUCUUCUCAAUCCAGAUGUCUGCCACCAUCGAGGAACUCCCUUCCGACCACUCUGAGCACGAGCAUGAUCACGAUCAUGACCAUGAGGAGGAUCCCACCUCCCAAGCUGCCCUCGAUAAGAUUCAGUCGCGUUCGGAGCGCAAGGCCAGGAAGGCUCUCCUUGGGCUUGGAUUGAAGAAAGUCCCCGGUAUCACUCGGGUGACUCUCAGAAGACCAAAGAACAUCUUGUUCGUGAUCGCGUCUCCCGAUGUCUACAAGUCGCAGAACAGCGACUGCUACAUCGUCUUCGGUGAGGCUAAGGUCGAGGACAUGAACUCCCAGGCUGGUCUAUCUGCUGCCCAGCAGCUCGCUUCUGGUGGCGGAGCUGGCAACGUCCCAAACCUUGAGAGCUCUGGUGUUGGCGGCGGUGACGAGGACGAGGACGAGAUCCCCGAGUUGGAGCCAGUUGAGGAGGGUACUGUCGAUGAGACCGGUAUUGACGCAAAAGACAUCGAACUCGUCAUGCAACAAGUUGGAUGCUCACGCGCGAAAGCUGUUCGAGCACUAAAGGACAGUGGAGGAGAUUUGAUCAACGCCAUCAUGGCUGCGAGCGAGUAGUUGCUGCUAUCUGUUUUGCUUCCUCUGUACGCUGCAUAUCGUUGCUUGAUCCCAUUGCAUUGCAUAUCCCAUCUCCGGCAUGAUACCUUGUCAGUCUGACAUGGAAGUCACGCUCUUGCUCUUGGCUGCAUGAAGUGCGAGAUCGAAGUUCAAGGUGAACUAACUGCAUUCCCAACGUCUAAGUUCUACAUAGUAGUUCGACCUUUCCCAAUCAUCUUGGACAAUCUCUAUCCCAACAACUCCACUGGCUCCCUCUGGCUGAUUUCCAAUCUGAAGGCCCAUGCCUUGAGCAGCUUCGCAAACUAAUGUCCUCAGCUCUCCCUUCGCGAACAUAUGAUAAUACCGAUUGAAAACUUUCUCUUGGUCUUGCGACGUAGGAAUUGGUGAUCUAUCUGUCUCCGGUUGAAUCUUCCUUUUGGGCUGCCCUUGCGAUUUCAACACCCAGGGUACAAAUACGUCUUGCCCUCCAUUCUCCGCAGGUGACUCUGUCGGAACAGUCCUUUUCGAGAGCUCAUCUUGUUCGAUCGCCCAUACAUAAAUUAGACACCGUCCAUGUGAGGGGGAUAGACAUUUCAGUAACCUCUGUAGGAUAUUGAGCAAGAAAGCAGAUGGUUUAGUAGACAUACAUACUUGUACAGCUAACCUGCGUCUUGCAUGCGUUGAUAGGUGAUGUAUUGUAGCAAUCGAAAUGGCAUAAUCCUGCACAUGUCUUCAGUC